UGUACUGAAAUGAUGUAGAGUUUACUAUAAAAAUUAGUCAUUAUUUUAUUUUUAAUUUUUUCAAAAUUUAUUUUGAAAAAUAAAAUAAAAUUGGUUGGUACGAAGUUAGAUCGGUUCCCUCUGGGAUUGUCUUGAUGUCCGAUGACACAGUAGACUCGUGUCUUUAUUUUCUGACAUACACUAACUAUUUAUCCAAUUAUACAUCGACACGUGUACUGUAUGAAUAAGCAAUCAUGUACCUAAUCCUUUCUCACUGCCUUAACCAAAAUUAAUAAACUGAGAAAAUAUUUUUAAAUUAAAAAAAAAAAAGAAAAAGAAAAUUGACACACAAAAAAAAAAGUACACAACUUCUCUCAAACUCUUUCAUCCUAAAUUUGUGAAUUUAGAUUGAAAGUUUUUGGCUUUUGCAAUCCGUUUUCUGGUUUUUGGAUUCUUUCAAUACCUCAUCCUCUGUCUGAACCAAAUCUUUCUCUAAAUCUCAACCCCCAAAUUUUUGAAAUCUCAUUCGUUAUCCAAAAAAUUUCCAUUUUUGCUCAUAAUUCCCCUGGAUUUUUAUGGUUAUUAUUUGAUAUUUUGAGGCUGAAGAUCCAAUGCUACUUCCAAUUUGGUAACUUAAUUUCUUCAAAUUAUUCUUUGUUAAGUUUAUGUCAUUAGUAAUCCGUAGCACUAGUUUACUUUAGUUUAGCUCUUGUGUUUGGAUCUUUUGAUAGUUGAGUAGUUAGUUGUAAAAUCUGAUGGUUUUGAUGAAUUAUAGAAAUACCCAUUUGAUCAAUUUUUGAUCUUUUUCCAAUUCUCGUCGGUGCUGGUGAAGAUUUGGUGGUUUUAGCUUCUGGGUAUUCGUUUUUUUUGUGAUUUGUUUCUAUGUCUAGGGUUUUGGUUAUAGACAUUGUUGAUUUCUGUGUUGUGAGUGGAAUUUAAACUCUGUUUUGUAAUGGAGUACGGACGGGAAAGCGUGGUUCAGGUGAUUGGUACUGAGAAUUGGUCAGGAGACCAAGCUAUUUGGGCUACUGAAGACGAUUAUAGAGCUUGGAACAACAACAGUGAUACAUCUGGAGAUACAUUUUCGAACUCAAAUUAUGAGCAGAGACAAUCCCAGUCUCGAUCAGGUAGCGAACCACCCAACAAGAAAUCGAAGAAUUCGCAAGAUGUAACUUCAUCAAACAGGUCUAAAGCUAUUGGAAAAAUGUUUUUCAAGACCAAACUUUGCUGUAAAUUCAGAGCUGGGACUUGUCCUUAUAUCUCGAACUGUAACUUUGCUCAUAGUAUUGAAGAGCUUAGAAGGCCACCACCUAAUUGGCAAGAGAUUGUAGCUGCUCAUGAGGAAGAAAAGGGUGUAUCUUCAGAACCAAGGGAAGAGUUUCAGAUUCCUUCAGUUGGGUCUUCAACUUUUGUUGUUGAGACACCAAGGUCUUAUAAAGGAAGACAUUGUAAGAAGUUUUAUACUGAAGAAGGGUGUCCUUAUGGUGAUAGUUGCACAUUUCUUCAUGAUGAGCAGUCCAAGAAUAGGGAGAGUGUGGCUAUAAGUUUGGGGCCUGGAGGGUAUGGUGGUGCGCCGAGUGGAACGAACAACGCUACGAACAAUAGCAAUAACAACAACACCACCAUCACCACCACCACCACCACCACCAACAACAACAGCAGCAACAACAACAACAAUAGCAACAGCAACAACAAGCCCUCCAACUGGAAAACCAGGAUUUGCAAUAAGUGGGAGUUGACUGGUUAUUGCCCAUUUGGAAGCAAAUGUCAUUUUGCUCAUGGUUCCGCAGAGUUACACCGUUAUGGCGGCGGCCUAGUGGAGACAGACGCGAGAGACCCUUCUUCGGUUCCUACAGAAAAUAAACAACAGGGUGGUGGAGUGACUCCAAAAGCUGCAGCAGAUACUGUGGUUGCAUCAUCAGUUCCUUCGGUUCCUCAUUCGGAUGUCUUCCACUUAGGAGUUCCGUCACAACGGUCAUCUAUAGUAAAUCAGAGGCCAGGGCAUAGAGCUCAUCAAAAAUGGAAAGGUCCUGACAAAAUUAGUAGAAUAUAUGGCGAUUGGAUUGAUGAUAUUGAAUAAAAAUUAGAAUUUUCGCUGACCCGCAAAUGUCGAAACAAACUAUAAUAACCCCCCGAAUCGAAUUUCGCAUAAACUAAAUUACCUCUGUACGAUAUUAAUUUGAUCAUGUAACUCUGUAACUUAUGAUUUGAAGAAGUAGUUUUCAUCUUACUUCAAA